AGGGCCACUCAGGUGGCUAUAUAUGCUCCCAUACAUUAACCUAGCUACAAGACAAACUUCAGUGACCAUUCAGGAUUUAGGCUGCAUACACUCAUUCAUGCUGAUUUGUUUGUUCCUCCCCCGCCCACACAUACCUGAUUUUCUGGAUCUGUAGGGGCAACCUAAGGAGGGGCAAUAGAAAGACACAGAAUGUUUCCAGUCCUGAAUUCUGUUUUUUUCAACAGGGGAUGAGAUGGCAACUGAUGAGCAGAUGCCUCUGAAGGGAGAUCCGGAACAAGUGGAAACCGAUGUGUUGCCAGCAGGGAGAUCUGCAGAGAGAGUUUCUCUUAGCAUCAAACAGGAAAGAGACAGUGAGAGCAAAUAUUUGUCAGAGAGGCAAGGAACAGCCAUCUCGGUCAAAAGACAGGGCAGUGGUGCUCACCACAAAGACAAGCAUUUCAAAAAUCUGGACCAGAUAGUUAUCCAGCAGCUGAUCCAUAUUGGAGAAAGUGAGAUUGCACGCAGGAAGCAUGAGGAGGACUUCCAUCAGGGCUCUGAUCUUGUGAAACCUCAGAUCGUCCAUUUGGGAGAGAAACCUUACCUGUGUAUUGUCUGUGAAAAAACCUUUCGCAACCAUUCAGGCCUGAUGGUGCAUCAGAGGAUUCAUACAGGUGAGAAGCCCUACAAGUGCCCUGACUGCGAGAAAAGCUUCAACCAGCGGUCACACCUGACCUCCCACUGGGGGACUCAUACAGGAGAGAAGCCCUUUAAAUGCUUUGACUGUGGGAAAAGCUUUAGCUACAACUCUGGGCUCAUCAUACACCAGCGAAUCCACACGGGGGAGAAGCCCUACAACUGCUCCGACUGUGAGAAGAGCUUCAGUCAGAAGUCCCACCUGCUCUCACAUCAGCGGACGCACGUGGGAGAGAAAUCUUUCAAAUGCCCCGACUGUGGGAAAAGUUUUAGCUAUAACUCAGGUCUUGUGAUCCACCAGCGAAUCCACACUGGGGAGAAGCCCUACAUGUGCUCAGAUUGUGGGAAGAGCUUCAAUCAAAGGUCACACCUUAUUUCACACCAAGGCAUACACACGGGACAGAAGCCAUAUACAUGUAAGGACUGUGGGAAGAGCUUUAGCUUCAACUCUGGGCUAGUUAUACACCAGCGUCUUCACACUGGGGAGAAACCUUUUAAGUGCCCCAACUGUGGGAAAAGUUUCAAUCAGAAAUCACACCUCAUUUCACACCAGAGAGUCCAUGUUGGUAAGAAGCCUUGACUUGGGAAGGAAAUGAUUCAUAUUCUAUUCUGUCUUCUUCCUGGGAUGUCAAGCUGCUGCCCUGGACCCAGUUAGCUUAGAGGAAACAGUACUUUGUCAGUGUUUCCAAACCAUUGGUGCCUCAGGGCAGUGGGCUUAUAUUAGGACUAAAAUUUGCAUGCACAUUUUGAACAUUUCAUGGCAAAAGGAGAGUAAUGUGCA